UACCACUUCUGGGGGAGGGGACUUAACGUCAUAAAGAAACGAACCCUUACGUCGCCAACGUUUGAUAAUACUUCUCUCAGUCCUCCAGUUGUCAAUCAAGAUAAAUGGUCUCUUUAAAACCCCUAUCAGACCUGAGGUAUCGUCAUUGUUAGGUCCUGGCCGCUGUCAGUCGCGACAGGGCUCCGUCUCCGGUUCAAAGCAGCAGCGCACACUUGUCGCAGCAAGAAAACAGCUCCGUGGAUAAAGAGUUUAUGUGGAAUAAAGGUGCGAAAAAUGCCAGAUAUUCCGCCGAGGCACACAUAAACUGAGUUGGAUUGUGGUAGAUAGAUGCAUUGCAAUCUAUUUAGUGUGCGUCAGCGCUGCAAAAUAAGGCAAAUUGCUUUAUCCAGUCAUAUAAAUAGGAGUAAAGGUAAUCGCUCCGAGCAAGGAUUCAAUUAGUUCAGCAAUUGUUCCAUGCGAGAACUGAGAUAAGCGGAUACUGAGACGGAGUGAAAUGGAUCUGAAAGCGCUGGGCUGCGUGGUGCUCUUACCUAUUCAGAUACUCUACUAUAUUGUCAAGGCGACUGUGUGCUGGGUCUUACCGAGCAGGCGGAGAGAUCUGACCGGAGAUGUGGUGCUUAUCACGGGUGGCGGACGGGGCAUUGGCCGUCACCUGGCUAAGGAGUUCGCCGUGAGUGGAGCUAAAAAGCUAAUCCUGUGGGGCCGGACGGAAAAAUGUCUGAAGGAGGCGUGCGAGGAGAUCGCCCUCAUUGGGACAGAGUGCCAUUACUUUGUUUGCGAUGUGGCCAACAGAGAAGAAGUUUACAAGCAAGCCAAGGUUGUCAGAGAAAAGGUGGGAGAUGUUACCAUUCUAGUGAAUAAUGCUGCAGUGGUGCAUGGGAAGAGUUUGCUGGACAGUGAUGAUGAUGCUCUUCUGAAGUCACAGCACAUCAAUACAAUGGGUCAGUUUUGGACCACAAAAGCCUUCCUGCCUCGUAUGUUGGAACUGCAAAACGGCCAUGUUGUGUGUGUCAACUCCAUCCUGUCUCUGUCACCCAUCCCUGGUGCUAUAGACUACUGCACCUCUAAAGCAUCAUCUCUAGCCUUCAUGGAAAGCCUCACUCUGGGGUUGCUGGACUGCCCGGGCGUGGGCUGUACCACUGUCCUCCCGUUCCACACCAACACUGAAAUGUUUCAGGGCAUGAGAGUCAGGUUUCCCCAACUCUUCCCUCCUCUAAAGCCAGAGGUGGUAGCGCAGAGAACAGUGGAUGCUGCUAGGACCAAUACAGCUUUUGUUUACUUACCCUGGACCAUGCAUGCACUCGUUAUCCUCAAAAGUAUGCUACCGCAGAGUGCCCUCGAAGAAAUCCACAAGUUCUCAGGAAGCUACACCUGCAUGAAUACUUUCAAGGGACGGACAUGAGAGGUCUGGAAACGACACAUUCCAAGUGUUACAUGUUUUUAUAGUCAAACAGCUAUGGAGUUCUUAUGGAGUAUUCCAGAAGCAAUGAGUUAGAAGAAAAAGGCGGCACGCCAGAGCACAUAGUGCCUUAUUUCCAGGACCAUUUUAAGGUUAUCAGUGACCUGUGGGUUGAGUUGUUGGAUAAACACAGAAUGGACAAAAAAAAGCCUCAAUCGAACGCUGUACUGUAUGCGUACUUUAAAGUUUGUAUCAAUCACCUUUUAACUACUGUCACUGUAAAUACAGCAUCUGAAUAAAAAGCAGUUUUAAAUACAAAA